AUGUGGGAUCCGGAACUGGAGAUGAUGAGAGCUCUCGCGCUAUACUUUGCGUUCGAUGAUGACGACAAACAACCGCCGCGUAAGAGAAGAGUUUGGGUUAAGCCGUGGCUCUCAAGGCGAAAGGCACAAGGGUGCUAUGAAAAACUAAUGCGAGAGUUGACCCUCGAGGACGCGGAAUCUUAUCGGAGCUGGAUCCGCAUGGAUACCAACACGUUCGAGGAGCUACUCUCCCUGGUCCGUCCUCACAUAUCAAAACAGGACACUAACUUCCGACCGGCAAUUUGUGCAGGGGAGCGUCUUGCGAUCACCCUCAGGCACUUAGCAACAGGUGAAACACACAAAUCCCUGGAAUUCCAAUUCAGAGUUGCCCACAAUACUAUAUCUUUGAUGGUGCAUGAGGUAUGCAAGGCAAUCUUCCAAGUGCUGUGUGACAGAUACUUGAAGGUGUCGCAAGGGCAGGAAGAGUGGUGCAAUGUGGCCAGUCAGUUCUAUGAGCUCUGGCAGUACCCUAACUGUAUUGGUGCUCUCGAUGGCAAGCAUCUUGUCAUUGCUCCUCCUCCACGUAGAAAUGGUCGUAUGAACGACAGCAGUGUUUGGGGCCAGUCAAAAAUACGAUCAGCCAUUGAGAGUGGACAGCUAGGUAUACCAGGCCCAAAGACGUUGCCUGCAUCUACGAGUAGCACACCUUUCUUCAUUGUUGGAGAUGAACGUUUCGGUCUAAAACCCUACCUGAUGAGGCCGUACGGUGCAAAGGACCUGAAUGAUGAAAAAAGGAUUUUCAACUAUAGGUACACAAUAGGAGAAGAAAGUGAUGAGUAG